GAACGGCCAAUGGUAUUGCAGGAGGCCGGCACAUCAUCUUUAUGUCUAGGAGUCAGGACGAGGCUCGUUCUUUUCCGCUCCGAGCGAGUGCGUGAGGAAACAGAAUAGCGGAGCUUGACUCGUUUCCCAAAAUGCGUUACGUUGCAGCUUACCUUCUUGCCGUGUUGGGUGGCAAUGAAGCCCCAUCUUCAAAGGAUAUCAAGAAGAUUCUUGACAGUGUUGGUAUUGAAGCUGAUGAUGAACGAUUGAAUAAGGUCAUCAGUGAGCUGAAAGGCAAGAAUGUGGAUGAUGUCAUCACUGCAGGCAAUGCCAAGCUUGCAAGUGUCCCUGCUGGAGGUGUUGCAACUGCUGGUGCUACAGGUGGUGCUGCUCCAGCUGCAGCUGCUGCUGUUGAAGAAAAGAAAGAGGAAAAGAAGGAAGAGUCUGAAGAAUCAGAUGAUGACAUGGGCUUUGGUCUCUUUGACUAAAUACAAAACUGUCUUUAAAAUAAACUGUUCUGUGUUCUAA